AUGGAAACCAGCCUACGGGUACAUGUUCCGAUCAUGGGCUUCCCGACAUACCGGUUAGAAUUUCACAUGGCGCAUUUGCUCUUGAGAAAAUCACCACAAAUCACAGACAUAGCCGCUGGCAGUGAAGACGUUGACAAAACUGGAUCAUUGCUAGAUCUCUCGUUCCUCGAGCUGGUUGGCCAUGAUGGCAACGUAGCUCCACAUUCGAUUUACCAAGGGCAUAUGAGCAUCGUCAUAUGUGGUUGGAGCAAUCUCCAAUGGACUGGAUACGUUUUUACUAAAUCAGACAACGAUGACUUAGAUGAAGAAGAUGAAGACGAGUUCAGAGGACAUUUCUUGACCUCGCAAUACGGCCUCGACUUUGUCCUUCCCCGACAAUCUACACAUUGCUGGGACGCGAGGCGGUACUGGCUUCGUUUGGUCGCUCAUCGUUGUCAAUAUGUGCUAAGGGAAUGGCUGUAUCUUGUACACACCAUAGAGGAUGGUGUGGAGUCAUGGAAAACAGAAGAUCCAUGCAGUAGCAAUACCAACAAGUCAAGCUUGCAAGCGGACGAGAUUCAGAAGUCCCUGAACAAGACCCUCCAGACCAUGCAGCUUCUACGUAAGUUGCGGGACGAACUCUCGACCACGCUCAGAGUGUACAACCGAUUUGAUAAAUAUGGUGGAGAUAGACACUACUUCUCCGACAUCACAGACUGCUGGUCGGUGCAGAACAGCAUUGUGGAAUCUUUCGAGAAGCUUACCGACCUUUCAAUCCAACUAAGGUCCCUUGACGAUUCUUGUAAAAGAUUUGCAACUCAUCUGGGGCGCAUUCUUGAUCUCGAGAGUAAUCGCCUGUCUAUGGAAAGUAACAAGCUCAGCCGAGAGGCCAACGAACAUCAACAAGCGAGUCACCGCCUAAGUGAGCGCAUGCACAAAAUGAACGAAGAAACAAGCAUACUCAACAAAGAAAUGCGAAAGCUAAAUGAGAGGAGCACAGAAGCGGCAUGUAUGAGCCAAACAGAGGCCAUGAAAACUAGUCGCAGUACACGCGUGAAUGUCGAGCUGUUGUUGCUUACGACCCCCUUUGGUAUCGUCCUCCAGUACUUCGGCUCGGAGCAAGAGAUAUUCUCAUUCAAUCGUAAUCCAAAGACCUUUGUCCUUGCCACGGUAGUAUUGAUGGCAGUCCUCAGAUUGUUGACCUUAUCUCUUGAGUAUGGGGGCGCUUUGUUCGCGUUAGUGUAUCGGAAGUCGUCUAAGCGGUCAAUGACAUCGAGCCAUUCCGAGGGAACUCAAGAUACCGUUGAGCUGGACACGAUACAGCAUGCGUGA